AUGCACUUCUCUGAGUAAAACUCUAUUGAAAAUGAUAAUCGAAUAAAAUAACUAUAGAAAAAGAGAGAAGCCAUCUAAAAGUAGACUGAAAUGAGGAGAAAGGAGAUUGAACAACAUUCUGAUUUGGAUUACGAAAAAAUCUAGAAAGAAAACGAGAUACUGAUUUAAGAUAAAUAUAAUGUGGAGUAGAGAGCUGCCAAAUUGCAAGAAGUGUAUAAUGGUCUCAAACUGAGCGUAAUGAAAUAGUAAUUAUAAUUCAAAUUUUAUAGAGUUGGAAAAAUACAAGUUUCUGCUGAUACCUUAUGCAAACAUAAAUAAAACAUCUAUGAACAUAUGGUGAGACAUAAAUCAAAGGAGGCCGACCUAUUUUUAUUUGCUACAAACACAAAACCUAAGGAUUACUUUUAAGUUUUAGAAGACAAUUUGAAUUAAGGUCCAUUGGUAUAAGAGAAAGAGAAGGAAAUGGAAGCCUUGAAAUUACAAAAUCAAAUCCUGAAGAAUGAAUUGGAAAUCCAUAAAAACCAAUAGUAAUACAUUCGAGAAUUCUCUAACAACCCUCACAUUGACUAAGAUAUCAUUAAAAACAUGGUUAAUGAAAAUCAGUUUAAUAGAAUCAAUACAAGCAAAAAUGAGAGAAGCAAUAGUUAAUUGAGCAUGGAAACUAAAUAAAUUAUGGACUUUUAUAAUGAAAAAUAAUAGUCCUCUUCUAUGUAUAAGGAAUAAUUGUAAUUUGGUUGA